AUGGUUGAGACACAAGUUGUCUUCACUGGGGCAAGUAUUUCUACUAUACCUCAAAACUUACACAUCCGAGAUACACCCCAAUGGAAAGUUCUUCAUUACACAUAUGAGGUUGAGGGAGAUGAUGUUCUACCUGAGGAUCCUAUUCCACUGUUUGUAGAGGGUCCUUCAUCUUCGACUGCCCUACCAACUACCUGGACUUCUAUUGAUACUAGCCAAAGUAUCUCAUCUUCACCAUCGUCCACUCAGGCUGACCCAAGACCUAGUACCUCUACAGCUCCAACUCCGGAUUACAUGUCGGAGCUCUUAGCUGCUAUCUCAGGUUUGAGUACUAUAUGGAUAAGCAGUUCAGUCUUUACUCAUAAGAGAUUGGAUGCUAUUAAUUCGAGAGUGACCAGCAUAGAACAAGGUCAGGAGAAGUCCGUUGGGACUAUUGGAGGUCAAAUGACAUGUCCGCAAGCUAUGGUAAGCUCUUACCCAUUCCAUUUGAGAUUGAUUUGA